AUGGCAAGCUAUCCCGGAGAAGAGGAAGCAGUUGUGGAGGUGAAUCUGGAAUGGCAGGAGACAGCCGGCAGCCAGAGUUGCCAGUUAUGUGUAGCCUCCACGACGACACUUGCUGAGUUCAAAGCGCAGUGUGCGCGAGUGCUGCAAGUUGAGCUGGUCCACUGCCCAGAUUUCAAUGAUGACAUGGACCACCAGCAGCUUUGCGAGCUUGGCAUAGGUCUCUCCGAAGUGCCGGUGCUGUUGGAUCUUGGCCCUCCCCUGCUGGAAGCAAAAAGUGAGCCGAGUGAGCCGCCCUCUGCGACGGCCGUAGCUUCCCGUAUCUUCGUCUAUGGCCUGAUCUCGGAAGGAAGGGCCGUGACGUCUGGUGCAUCCUUCACUCCAAUUUUCGAGUCAUCCAGCGGCGGAAAGAACUUCGCCUCAGUCAAUGCUGGAAAUCCGAAGAAGUUGAAGGUAGGAGGCGGAACAAUCAACGGGCAGUUCGCACAGGAGCUUCGCCGGGUGGCUGGUCAUGACCCUGACAGCUACAGUCCAGCACACGAGGCUCUGCUUCGCGUAGCUGCACAAGCAGGCACCGCAAGGCAUGGCCUGGUUCAAGCCCCUGCUUCGCUGCGGUUGCCACCAUGUUUGGAGGCUGCCUUCAUCUACCUAGGAAGGACACCUCCCGAGGCGGAGCAGGUCGCGGGCGACUCCGGCCGGGGUGGUCUCGUGAUUCUGGACAUCUUCGAGACGAAGUCACGGCCGUACCAUGACCAGAAUGUCGCCAUGGUGUACACGGUAGGUCCCCAACGGGGAUUCGAGCCUGAUGACGCGACGUUUCUGUCGAAAGUGCGCCUGGUCGGCCGCAAUGUUGCAGCCGCUUGCCACGACUACAACAUGCAGCGGUCGCGCUGCUCUCAGCUUUACGAGGAAUUUGAGCAAACUAUGUUGCGGUCCCGAGUAAAGAGGUGUGUUUAA